AUGAUCAUUGUGGCCGGGCGAGACGUGGACGUACCGGCAGCCCCUUUAGAUCCGGACGGCGUCGCAAAUCAGCUGUGGAAGCAAGAACUGUGGACGCUCUCCGCGGACUUGGACACGAAGACGAACGCGGCACUAUGCAAGCUUGACGACAAAGGUCACUCGAAGACACCAGGUUCUCUCCGAAACCGUUGGAGAAAGCAGCGUACUGACCACCGAGGCGUUUAUGAUGCGCUGUGUUCAGCCUUCAUUACACGCAAAGCAGGUGGAGGCGUAGUCGAUUGCUGCACGCCAGACAGUCACCAAUGGAAGCAGAAAGACUUGGAGUCGUAG